AUGCCGUUGAAGAUGAUCUACAUGGUUACAGAUGGCGGUGAAGUGAGAUUUGGGCAUAUACUUGGUCAUGAGAAACCAGUUUUGACAGUUUCAUGGAGCCCUGAUGAUGACCAGUUACUUACUUGUGGCGAAGGAGAGGUUAUCAAACGAUGGGAAGCCAAUUCGGGACGGUUGCUCCAUGUUUAUGAGAGAACUGAUUUUGGUUUUAUUUCCUGUGCAUGGUGUCCUGUUGGGUUUAUACUUGCUGGUACGACUGACCAGAGCAUUAUCCUGUUGGAUUUGGAAGGAGCGGAGCUGGAUUCUUGGAAAGACUAUGCACUCAGGAUGUCGGAAAUGGCCAUAACUAAUGAUGGAACUAGAAUCUUAAGCAUAUACGAAGAUAGCUCGAUAGCAGUGAUUGACAGGGAAAAGAAAAAAAUUUUGAGACUGCUUCCGCAAGAGGGUGUGAUUACUUCCUUCUCAUUAUCGAAUGACAACAAAGUCCUUCUCGUUAAUCUGCUAAACCGAGGAAUCCAUUUUUGGAGUCUUCUAAAAGGUUAUGAGGGCCUCAUCAGCAGAUAUGAAGGUCGAAUAAGCACACGAUUUAUCAUCAGAUCUUGUCUUGGUGGAUUAGAAGAAACAUUUAUUGCGAGUGGGAGUGAGGAUUCUCGGGUGUUCAUAUGGCAUAGAGGCCAAAGGAUUCCAAUCAUGCAACUGCAAUCAAUUCAUACAGGAACUGUGAACUGCGUGAGCUGGAACCCGACAAAUAUUCACAUGCUGGCUUCUGCUAGUGAUGAUCAUAAAAUUGUUAUAUGGGGUCUUCCAUCCUAG